CACAGAAGCCCAAUGUUUACCAUGUUCUCCGGUACGUUUGGGAAUCCUCUGUACUUUUUCGCUACAAACACAUCCCAUUUGACACAAGCAGAGAUGUGGGUCCGCUUGUCGGACAUCCUCGAGUUUUUCUUUGUUGCUCAUCCGGCAUCGGGCAGAAAAGAAGGAGAAGAGCAUCAGCGAAUAAUGUACUUUUAUCCGAAAGGAGACACACUUGACCGGCAAGCGAACGGAAAUAACCGGAUUCGCGGAGGCGGUGGUAAACUUCACAGAUAA